GCCGAACCAUUUGCUGGUAACCUACGCAGAGAAUGAGAGAACCCAGCAGAGAGAUCACACGAUCCGAAAGUCUAGAAGCAGCCAACCCCGAACGAUCGAUCGAGCCGUGGAACGCCAAAAAGCAUUUCCAGUACAAAUUUGUACUUCCAACCUGUAAUAGGUCCUGCGCGGUCGAGUCGUCCCGUUCUAUCCAAAAAUUAGUAUCGGUCAUCGAAAUGUGGUUCUAAAUCUCCCGGUGAGAGCGUUCCAUCUGUAGAACAAUAACAGUGCAAUCGUGAACUAUGUGAAACCAAAUUCGGACAAAUUUACUCAGUGGAAUAACCGAAACGUUUAGAACUGACUUUUGAUUGUGAGUUCUGCGGUGUGAUCCAGUAAGAACGAAGACCCCAAGGCAUCAACUAUUUGUAUUGUCAUCAUCGAUAGGAAUCUUCGCGAACUGAAUGGGACCAUCAUGAACUAGAACCGCGCCAAAGUGCAGCAGAAAAACGUGAUCCACCGUGUGGGUGCAGACAAACAGACGGUCCCAGUGCAGAGUGUUUUGUGUGUCAGAAAAAGGUUACCCCAGCGAACAACGGUCGCCUUCAGCGAUUCCUUGAAUCUUCGAACGGCAGCUCGUGCAUCCGUACCCGAAGCAUGAAUAGAAUAAUGAACCAUUUCAUCGCAGCGUUUCUAAUUGGGUGCAUACUGAAUGAUGCAGCAUUCGCCAAAGGAGUCAAACGAAAACGCUUGUUGUACGACCUUUCCGAUCCCGUUAUCACGGUAACUGAAUCCAGCCAAUACUAUCAUCCUCCCGCAAUCCAAUCGUCCAUCUACUCAGAGCAUACUCCCGUCCUAGACCAAAUAAUCAAACCGCUCCCACCGCCCCUGCCAUCCUACCUCCCGAAGCCCUCCUUGUCCAGCAUCUUCAAGAACAACUAUUUCGAAUAUUCCAACUAUGGCUCGCCGUUCCAAUUCAUUAGUGGGAACCAGCUGGGAUUUCACGAUGAAUCGACUUACAUAGCCGAUGGCCGAAUUCUGAAACAAUAUGCCGUCACCGAGCACCACCCGGAGGAAGUGGAAAGAAACCAGCUGUUGCAAUCCAAUGAAUACCGCUCGGCACCGUCCUACUUCGACGGUGGCUUCCCGCCCGCACUCGAUCAGUUUGAUUUUCCAUACCCAUCGUCCGUCAUUGGAUUCAACCCACGUUUCGGAGUGCCAUUAAAUAGCCAUCACCAAUCGCCACUGCUGACGCGCAAUCACGGACCAGUGGCACUUGGGUCCGGUUCGAUUGGAUACAUCCAUGGUCCCAACGGAGUUGCCAUCGGAUCGGGAUCGUUGGGUUAUAUCAGUCACAAGCAGCAUCGGGACUCGCUUCAAGAAUUGAUAGAGCGGAAAAGCCGAAAGCACCGGCCGAGUCCGCUACAUUUUGGCCAUAACCACGAUUGAGACCUUUGCUUCGAUUCUGAUUGAUUUCGUACAUUUUCCAGCGAAACCCGUUCUACAAAAUAGAGGCUGUUCCUAUGUGACACAUUUAUCCACCAACCGAAAUGAGAAGGUGUAGAAAUUAUUUAGAAUAGAUAGUAGCAAUGCAUUUCGAGAUUGUUAUUUAGCUUUAGAACGAAUCACAAGUGCCUAAUAUAUGUGUAGAUAGCAGAGUGGGGCGGUCCGGAAAUGAUGCCAUCCAAGCGAAGUUUGGGACGAAUAACGCUUUGUAAAUUUGUAAAUAUUGCUCCGAUUAUGGCGAGCAUUAGCGCAAGAGAUAACUGAAUUUGUUUUAAGAAAUCUUAUUUUUGAUAUUUCAAACUUUUAUCAUGUUGUUGUAAAAAUAAAAUUCUAUUGAAACUUUUGUAUAAGCAA